UGAACCUGAACUCUCAUCCACCAUUACGACUCGCGUCACUAUCUUCGAUAAAGCACUCCAAUCGAUUGCUAUAGCAGGGGAUCAUGCCCACCGUCGUCCCGACCCCGACCGUUUCAUUGCGAAAACACGCAGCCCUACGGCUUAUACUAAGGGAAGCAGGACAAACAAAUGAGAAGGCCACUUUGGCCAGGCAGGAAUAGCAGUGAUGGACUUGAUGAUAUGGAAAUGAGUGCAGGCAGGCCCUCCCUCAUGACUUAUGAAUUAAUGGGUAGAUACGCCUUUUUCCUAUGCUGUCUGUUGUCCUUUCAGCCAGGAGUUUGGGCUCGAUUCAUGGUUAUCGAGGAUUUGUUUUGUGUUGUAUGCAUUGCAUUAGGGAUGGUAUUAGCAUCUAUUUUGUUAAUUGAAGGUGAAUAAUUAUUAUGCCAUGUUAUCCGUCAUGAAAAGAUUCAUAUAAUUCA